CUGUGGAGAGGUUGUAGCACUGAGGGUGGAGCUACCUGGUUCAGAGGAGGGCAGCUGGUGACUGAAUGAGGAAGUGGUGAAGCUGAAGGCGUCACUCUGCUGCUGACACUGACUGACAGUCCACAUCCAGACAACAUGAAGGCUUCAUCUGUGUCUCUGCUGCUGACACCGACUGACAGUCCACAUCCAGACAACAUGAAGGCUUCAUCUGUGUCUCUGCUGCUGACACCGACUGACAGUCCACAUCCAGACAACAUGAAGGCUUCAUCUGUGUCUCUGCUGCUCGGUGUGUCUGUGCUGCUGCUGUCUGCACUGACUGUUUCUGCAGUCUCUCUGGAGGUCAGUCCCAACCGUCCUCAGUUCUUUAGAGAAGAGUCAGUCUGUCUGAAAUGUGUUGGAGAUGGACAGACAGCUGAUGGAUGGAUGGUGAAGAGGACAGCAGGAGGACACAAUGAGGACUUUGGGAGGUUUGAUGGUUCCUGUUACAACAUAUCGUAUCUCUCCCAGUCAGACACUGGAGUUUACUGGUGUGGAACCAGUUCUGGACAGAAGAGCAACCAGAUCAACAUCACUGUAACUGAUUAUACAGGCAAGUUGUUCUUCUGUUCACUAACUCUGUCUGGGGUUAUUCUGGAGCUUCCUGCUCUUCCUGUGAUGACAGGAAGUGAUGUCACUCUGCGCUGUAGAAAGAGAGGUGUCUCCACACUCGAAGCCUUUUUCUUCAAGAAUGGAGUCCACAUUGGAUCUGGACCUGAAGGACAGUUUACCAUCAGUAAGGUCCAACAGUCUGAUGAAGGUCUCUACUGGUGUUUUAUUGAUCAGACUGUGAACUCUUCUCGGAGCUGGCUGAGGGUCAGAGGUCCUCCUGCUUUAACUACUCUUCUACCUCCUCCUCCUCCUCCUGUAGCCUCCUCUCCUCCUCCUCCUCCUCCUCCUCCUCCUGCAGACUCCUCCCCUCCCUCCUCCUCUCUCCUCCUCCCAGUUGGAGCAGCUGUGGGUUCUCUGGUUCUGGUUUUGGUUCUGGUUCUGGUUGGAGUUGUGUGGCCCUGCAGGAAUCAAUCAGGAAGAAAUCCUGCUCCAGAAGAUGUGACCUACGCUGAUGUCACCAUCAGACAGACAGCCAAUAGGAGAGGAGACAAACUUUCUGCAGAUCCUGAUACUGUCUACUCUGGAGUGAGGACAUACACUGCAGGUCCUUCUGAGGUCACAUAUGGUCACAUCAUCAUCAGGUCUAAGAGGACAGCUGGAACCAGGACUGGUCAGUCAGCUGAUCCAGAUGUUGUGUAUUCUUCACUGAGAGCAGGAAACUGAAGACAAUCUGUUGGACAGUUUUUAUUUAAUACUUUGAACUUCAUGUGUUCUUUAAUAACUCUGUAACUUGUUCUCACCAUUAUUGUUUAUAGUUUUUCGCAAUCACUUUACACACAACUCUGUUAUUGAUCAGUGGAAUAAAUAAACCUCUGCAGUGUGUGUGUGUGUGUGUGUGUGUGUGUGUGUGUGUGUGUGUGUGUGUGUCACUGUCCCUCAGCCUGUGUUAUGUAGGAUUGUAGUCCGUCCACAUUAUCUGAGGAGCUGAAAUAAAGAUAUUAUUGGACAUACA